GUUUUUAAAAUUUCGAUUCAGCUGUCAAAAACAUAAUACACAACCUAACAACUCUUGGUUAUUUUUUAAUAAAACGGGGUAGUUUAAUUUGAAAAUGGCUUCUGUGAUGGAUGUUGAUGAAGAAGAAGUUGAAAUGGCUUCGUCUAGUAGUGGCAAAGGAGAUAAAAAAAGAUUCGAAGUAAAAAAGUGGAAUGCAGUAGCACUCUGGGCUUGGGAUAUUGUUGUCGACAACUGCGCUAUUUGCCGCAAUCACAUAAUGGAUCUGUGUAUCGAAUGCCAAGCAAAUCAAGCCUCAGCCACUAGUGAAGAAUGCACAGUUGCUUGGGGUGUUUGUAAUCAUGCAUUCCAUUUCCACUGUAUUUCCCGUUGGUUGAAGACUCGACAAGUUUGUCCACUAGACAAUAGAGAAUGGGAGUUCCAAAAGUAUGGUCAUUAAAUGUCAUUUAGAAGAGCUGCAUCCUGCACAGGAGUUUGACAUCUUCUGAACAUAGGGAAUUAACAUGUCAAUAUCUAUUAAGUUUGUAAUAAUAAAAUAACUCUUACAAAAUUCUG